GAAGGCAUUGGAGAGGUGCCCUGCCCCUCGCGCCUUCCGCGGCGAACACGAGUGCCCCACCUUCCCAGUCCCCGUCCCUUGGCGGCGGGCUGACUUCCAUGGAUCCUUUCCCCGGCGUGCCCAAGACACCGCUUCGGUCUAGAUCGUCGACUUCCCUCUCCUUUCGUACCCGCGACGUGACUCGAAGAACAACGAGAUCGAGAACGAUACCGCACAGAAUACACGACUGUUGUGCGUCUCAGCCGAAGCAGAGGCCGGAGUUCCGUCAGCCGCCUCUACCGCUCUGAUCGUAUUCUCUCUGACUCGAUCAGCUGAUCAGCAUGGGCAUGUCUUGAACGACGACACCUUGCCAGAAAGCAUCUGCAAGACCACGCGGCGCAUGCUGGCCCACCCCCAGUGGCAAGAAUACCGCAUCUUGGAAGAAAGAAGGGGUACCAGACGAUAUGCCCCGGCCGAAGAAAGAGCCUGGGUUGGAACCAAAGAAGCGCAGCCGCACGGGAUGCUGGCCCUGCAAGGCGCGCAAAGUCAAGUGCGGUGAGGAGAAGCCGGCAUGUACAAAUUGUCUCAAGAGCGGCGAGACGUGCGAUUACAGCAUCCGCCUCAACUGGGGCGGCCGCGGGCGGAAGGGCGAUGAGGAUGCGCUGGACGACAUGAACACCAUCACCUUCGUCAGCAAUCCCGCGUCUAUCAACGCAAAGACGACAGAGCACUCCCAUGAACACAUCUUCUCUGCCCAGCAUAUCGCUCCCGCCCCCGCCCCGGCGAGGCCAUCAAGCAGCCAGCGCGCCAGUCUACCCACCCCCGAGCCCACCCCCAGCUCUGAUGGCGCCACUAUCGACCCGCUUCUCAGAGGCGCGCAGUAUCCUCCGGGACAGGAUCGUGCAACUUCUCAAUACACGUCGUUCCCGUUCCAACCGCAUCCGAACGGCGCAUGGCAACAUUCUCCACCCACCUCCGCCCCAGCUCCGAUGAAAGAGGAGUCGAGAUGGUCGCCUGAGAACCCAGCGAAGCGGAUGAAGAUGAGCAGUCCCCCCAACUCCCAUCAUACCCCCGUCUUUGCGGUGCCACAAUACCCCAAUCAAGUGGAACAAUCGCCAUCCGCUUCCCACUUGACCACCCACAGCAUCUCUAGUAUCGUGAAUACGCCCGCCACUCCAGGCUCCACCAUCAGCUCCGGCUCUCCAUUCCCGCAAUACCAAGCACCCAUCACGGUGCAAGACCCGCCCGACCUGCGACGACUCUCCGUCAAAUCUCUUCUCUCCGAUCCGUCGGACGAUGCAGAUCGGCCUCAAUAUCCCCGCGUCAAUAGCCAUGGAGGUUGGCGGACGUACGGUUACGACCACGGAUUCCCGGAUCUUGAUCUGCCCAAUAACGACGAUACGAACGUCAUCCAACCUAGGUCGCCGGACCUUCGUCGCGCAAGUGUAGCGGCGAUCGAGGAUGAUAGCUCCAGCAAUGACUCCGAUCCUAAGCUAAUCGCGUUCGAGCCCGGUGGAUACUACGCACAACCCGUACCCAUCAAACUACCCCGAUCUCUCGAGCCGCUCCCUCCGGAACUCACCCACAAUCAGAUGAACCUCCUCUACUUCCACCACUUUAUCAAUCACACUGCGCGAAUCCUGGUCCCGCAUGAUUGCCCGGAAAACCCGCUGCGCGGUGUGCUUCCGAUAAUGGCUGUGCGUAAUCCGCACCUCCUUCACCUCGUACUCGCUUACUCCGCCUCUCAUCGAGCGCGCUUACUCCUGCAUCCCGAGCCGCGUACCCGAAUUGCAGGAUGGAUCGCCGACGUUGUGCCUGCGUUACGACAAGCCGUGGCCGAGCCCUCGUCGCCUGGAAUCGCGGAACCAACAGACCCGUCAUCCCUCGCGCCUCUCGCAACAGCCAUCAUGUUUGCCUCCCUGAACAUCAUCAGCCCCGACAUCUUCGACAUUGCCAUCCCCUGGCAACGCCACCUCCACACCGCCCGCGAGAUGAUUAUCGCCAAAGGAGGGCUGGAUCAUCUCGCUCAAAAGGCCGACGGCGCACGCGACAAGGCCAUCUUCUUCCUCUCGCGUUGGUUCGCAUAUCUCGAUGUCCUCGGUAGCUUGAGCGGCGGCCAGCAAGAGGAACCGCUUUAUGGGGCCUAUCUGGAGGAUGGUGGGGGAUGUUGGCUUGUGAAUCGCGACCCGACGGAAGAAAUCUACCAGAUCGACUGCUUCUUUGGCUUCUCCGGUCGCUGCAUUUCGCUCCUCGCCCAAGUGGCCGAACUAGCGGCACAGUGCGACAAAGAGCGCAUCGAUCCGAUGAAUAAGGAAGUGCGGCCCGAUUGGACGCCGUCGCAGCAGGUGCGGGAGGAAGCCGACGCGCUGCGGACGAGGAUACUGGAGAGCGCGACUGGCAAGUACCAUGGCUGCUCGCAUGCGAAUCGUGAUUCCAGUGAGGCGGAGGAGACGGCGGGCGGGAAAUAUGACUUGGAAGAGAUUUACGCGACCAACGAACUCUUCCACUGGGCGGCGUUGAUUCAGCUGGCUCGCAGGGUGUUGGGACUGCCCGCGAGUGAUCCCGAAGUGCAGGAGAAUGUGAAGCGAUCGGUCAACUCGUUGAUCAAGGUUCGCAGGGGUAGCUCGGCGGAGAGCAAUCUGCUGUUCCCCAUGUUCAGCGCGGGAUGUGAGGCGUUGACGGUGGAGGAGAGGGAGGUCUUCAGCUCUAGAUUGGCAGAGGUGGAGGGCUGGGGAUUGGAUCAUGUGGGGAGGGCCAGGAGAUUGAUGGAGUUGGUGUGGGAGACGGGCAGAGGAUGGGAGACGAUUGUGGAUGGCGAGUUCUUGGGGUGAAAGUCAUCGGAGGCAUCUAGAAGCGAAGGACUGCCAGCCUUGCUGCGUGGCGCCUUCCUCAUUAGCGGCAAUUCCUCGGCGUGUGGGGGGCAAUGGCUAUCGACGGCACAUCAGUUACUGUAGCUACAUACCUACACCUUAGCUCAAGCAGCUGUCGUGGUC